AUGGUUCAAUCUGCUAUUCUAGGUUUCCCAAGAAUUGGGCCAAACAGAGAGUUGAAGAAGAUCACUGAAUCUUACUGGAAGGGAAAAGCUUCAGUGGAAGAAUUGUUCAAUGUUGGUAGGGAGAUCAGAAGUGCGAACUGGAAGCUGCAGAAGGACUCUGGUGUGGACAUCAUCCCAUCUAACGAUUUCUCCUUCUACGAUCAAGUGCUAGAUUUGUCCUUGUUGUUCAACGUAAUCCCAGAACGUUACGCUAAGUACAAUUUGGCUCCUAUCGACACUUUGUUUGCCAUGGGCAGAGGUUUGCAAAGAAAGGCCACCGAGACCGAGAAAGCUGUUGACGUCACCGCUUUGGAAAUGGUGAAAUGGUUCGACUCCAACUACCAUUACGUCAGACCAACUUUCUCUCACUCUACUGAAUUCAAAUUGAACGGCCAAAAGCCAGUCGAUGAAUUUUUGGAGGCCAAGGAAUUGGGCAUUCAAACCAGACCUGUUCUAUUGGGUCCUGUCUCCUACUUGUUCUUGGGUAAGGCUGACAAGGAUUCUUUGGAUCUGGAACCAUUGUCUCUAUUGGAAAAAUUGUUGCCAGUCUAUGUCGAGAUCUUGUCCAAGUUGAAGGCCGCUGGCGCCACUGAAGUUCAGUUGGAUGAACCAAUCCUAGUUUUGGAUUUGCCACAGCAAGCUCAGGAAGCUAUUAGGAAGGCUUACCAAUUCUUUGGUUCCAAGGCUGCUUCAUUGCCACAAAUCACAUUGGCUACCUAUUUCGGUACCGUGGUUCCAAACUUGGAUUCUCUAAAGAACCUACCGGUUGCUGCUCUACAUUUCGAUUUCGUCAGAGCUCCAGCUCAAUUCGACGAUGUUCUGUCAAUCGUUGGGGAGAACCAAAAACUAUCUGUUGGUGUCGUCGAUGGUAGAAACAUCUGGAAGAAUGAUUUUGCCAAGUCCUCCGCAUUAGUCAACAAGGCUAUUGAGAAGUUGGGUGCCGACAGAGUUGUCGUCUCCUCUUCUUCGUCUUUGUUGCACACUCCAGUCGACUUGGAGAACGAAACUAAAUUGAACCCAGAGAUCAAGGACUGGUUCUCUUUCGCUACCCAAAAAGUCAAGGAAGUCGUUAUCAUUGCCAAGAAUGUCUCUGGCGAAGAUGUCUCUGCUGAGCUGAAGGCCAACGCUCAAUCCGUUUCUUCCAGAGCUUCCUCCAAGAUCACUAACGAUGAAGCUGUUCAGAAGAGAGUCGCUUCUAUCGAUGAGAAGAUGGCUAAGCGCGCUGUUCCAUUCGAAGAGAGAUUGGCCGAGCAAAGCAAGCGUUUCAACUUGCCUUUGUUCCCAACUACCACCAUCGGUUCUUUCCCACAAACUAAAGACAUCAGAAUCAACAGAAACAAGUUUGCCAAGGGUACCAUCACUGCUGAAGAAUAUGAAAAAUUCAUAAACUCUGAGAUCGAAGCGGUCAUCAGGUUCCAGGAAGAAAUCGGUUUGGAUGUCUUGGUCCACGGUGAACCAGAAAGAAACGAUAUGGUUCAAUAUUUUGGUGAGCAAAUAAACGGUUACACUUUCACCACCAACGGUUGGGUCCAGUCUUACGGUUCCAGAUACGUCAGGCCACCUAUCAUUGUCGGUGACUUGUCCAGACCAAAGCCAAUGUCUGUCAAGGAAUCUGUCUACGCUCAAUCCAUCACCACCAAACCAGUCAAGGGUAUGUUGACCGGUCCAGUCACCUGUUUGAGAUGGUCCUUCCCAAGAGAUGACGUUGACCAGAAAACCCAAGCUCUGCAAUUGGCUUUGGCUUUGAGAGAUGAGGUUAACGACUUGGAAUCUGCCGGUAUCAGAAUUAUCCAAGUCGAUGAACCAGCCAUCAGAGAAGGUUUGCCAUUGAGAGCCGGCGCCGAAAGAUCCGCCUACUUGAAGUGGGCCGCCGAAGCUUUCAGAGUAGCCACCUCCGGUGUUGCCAACGACACUCAAAUCCACUCCCACUUCUGUUACUCCGAUUUGGAUCCAAACCACAUCAAGGCCUUGGACGCAGAUGUCGUCUCCAUCGAAUUCUCCAAGAAGGACGAUCCAAACUACAUUGCCGAAUUCAAAAACUAUCCAAACCACAUCGGUCUAGGUUUGUUCGACAUUCACUCUCCAAGAGUUCCAUCCAAGGAUGAGUUCAUCUCCAAGAUUCAAACUAUCUUGAAGUCUUAUCCAGCUGAAAAGUUCUGGGUCAACCCAGACUGUGGUUUGAAAACAAGAGAUUGGGAAGAAACGAAGUUGUCUUUGACCCACAUGGUUGAAGCUGCCAAGUACUUCCGCGAACAAUACAAGAAAUAA